GCCUGUCCACUCAGAGAGAAACCACAUCAGCACACCCCCCAGGACCAGGCACAGCUCUCGGGCAGCCACGCAGGUUUCUGACUUGGUCAUCUGCAAGGCCUGGUAAGAAAAACUCCAUCCAUGCUAGGAUCCCCUGGCCAUAUUCUGUCUUCGCCUCCGCACUGCCACUGCCCACCACAGUCUGACCUUUGGGAGCUCAGACCGGACAAACAUCUAACCUUGAAGGAGGAAAGAAAGAUCCAAUGGGGGUCAAACAGUCCAGGGCCAGCUCCGAUGACAAGGACCCCAAGAGAUUUCUGGUGGGGAAGAGGCAGAAGUUCUCCUCGUGGGACGAUACCCUGCUCUUGGGGAAGGACCCACGGUCCCUGCUGAAGCGCGGCAUGCGGCAUGUCAGCUUCAGCCUAGUCACGAAAGGGAUGACAGACAUCCCAGAUUUUCUGUGGGGCUUGCUGGAAGUCCAGAAACUCAAUCUGUCCCACAACCAGCUCCGAGUGCUACCCCCUGAGGUGGGCAGGCUGACCCGGAUCGUGGUCUUAAACUUGUGUGGGAAUUGCCUCAAGAGUCUCCCCAAAGAAGUCAGUCUCCUCCAGAGCCUCAAGGUCCUCUUCCUCAACAUGAACUGCCUGGCGGAGGUGCCGGCCGAGCUCAGCCUGUGCAGGAACCUGGAAGUGCUGAGCAUGUCCCACAACUGCCUGUCCCAGCUCCCGGCCAGCUUUGCGGACCUCGCCAGACUCCGGAAGUUGAACCUCAGCAACAACUACUUCGCUCACAUCCCCCUCUGCGUGUUCUCUCUGAAGGAACUGGACUUCUUGCACGUGGGCUCCAACCGCCUGGAAAACAUCGCGGAGAGCAUCCAGUGCCUGGCUAGCUUGCAGAUCUUCAUCGCAGAGAGCAACAACAUCCACUCCUUCCCCAGGUCGCUCUGCCUAGUCACCAGCCUAGAGCUGCUGAACCUGAACAAUAACGACAUCCAGACCCUCCCAGAUGAACUCUACCUGCUGUGCAGACUGGGGAGGAUUGCGUGGAAUCCCAUGGACAAGGGGCUGCACAUUUCCCAUAAUCCUUUAUCCAAGCCCCUGCCGGAGCUGGUGGAGGGCGGCCUGGAGAUGCUUUACAGCUACCUGAAGGACAAAAAGCACAACUGA